CCCGACCCCAACGCCUUCAAGAUGCCCAGAAUCUACAAGCCCGGCAAAGUCGCCAUCGUCCUCCAGGGCCGCCAAGCGGGUAAGAAGGUCGUCAUCAUCAAGCAACUCGACGAGGGCACCAAGGAGAGACCCUACCCCCAUGCGAUCGUUGCCGGCAUCGAGCGUUACCCUCUCAAGGUGACGAAGCGCAUGGGCUCGAAGAAGGUUGCGAAGCGGAGCAAGGUCAAGCCUUUCAUCAAGACCGUUAACUACUCGCACCUGUUCCCCACGCGUUACGCGCUUGAGCUGGAGGGCCUCAAGGGCGUCGUCGGUUCGGAAACCUUCAAGGAGGUUUCGCAGCGGGAGGACUCGAAGAAGCAGAUCAAGAAGUUGUUGGAGGACCGUUACACGAGCGGGAAGAACAAGUGGUUCUUCCAGGCCCUUCGCUUCUGAUCUGUCUAGGUUCUUUCACCUCUCUGCUGUGCUCCUCGCAAAACCGCUACAUGUACAUCACAUGUCUUCGCAUGACGCAUGCCCCCACUACACCAUCAUGUCCUGAAUUCUAUGCCAUGGGUGACGAGUACCUUUCGGCGUGUAAUAUGGAAUGGACCCUCUACGAUCCUCAAGCCCGC